AUGGCCGGUGUCCUCAACGACCUGGUCGUCGCGGUCCAGGGCAUCCGGCUUUACCUGGCCAGCCCGUACGGGCCGUCACCGCCGCUCCCGCCGCCCGUGCCCUCCGGACCGCCAGCUCUUCCGUGGUACUCGGUGCCCGCGGCCCUCGCCGGAGGCUACCCGGCGCUACCGCCGCCGUCCGCUCCAGCGCCGGCCUGGACGCAGUGGCCCGCGCCAGCGCCUGCGGCGCCACCCGCAGCUGCCGCGCCCGCCCCAGCCCCGUGGCCGGUCUGGCCCGCGCCGGUUCCGUCCGCGCCGGCUGCGCCGGCUCCACCGAGCGGGCCACCGGCGGCCGCGGCGCCCCUCUGGCAAUUGGCGCCGGCGCCCUCAGCGGCUCCGUGGCCGCUACAGCAGACGCCGCAGGCGGGGGCCACCAGCCCUCUGCAGCCGCCGUUCUCCGCGCCGGCCUGCACCGGGCUGCCGCCGCUGCCGUUCCCGGCGGGACACCCCGGCGGGUCCACUCCGGCCGCGGGCCCUCUGUGGUAUUUACAGCUGCCGUCCCUCGCGGCCACCGACGCGCCGGCCCAUCCUCCGUCACCGAUGCUGCAACCACCGGCGCCGCCCCUGCCCAGCUCGAGGGCACCCUCGCCGACCGGCCUCCCGAUCUAUCAGGUCCGGUUCCUGCCCUCCCCGUCGCCACUUCCAGUGUGGGCGGCUGCGUCUUCGCCUUCGCCGGUCUACACCACGGCUCCGGAGCAGCCGACCCCGUUUCCGCAGUUCAGCGGGCCAUCUGGCUCCGCGGGUCCCUAUCCGGAGUACUCCGACCAGGCACCACCCGCCUCGCUGCUCCGCACCUCCGAGCCAGCUCGACACGACGCUCUGACCCAGACACCGCCGCGGUUCGCCAAGAUCGACUUCGCCACUUAUGACGGCACGGAGGAUCCCCUCAACUGGCUCAACCAGUGCGACCAGUUCUUCCGCGGGCAGCGCACACUCGCUUCGGAGCGGACCUGGCUUGCCUCUUAUCACCUCCGCGGCGCAGCCCAGACCUGGUACUACGCCCUCGAGCAGGACGAGGGCAGCAUGCCCCCCGGGAGCGCUUCUGCGAGCUCUGCCUCCUUCGCUUUGGGCCUCCGGUUCGCGGGAGCCGCCUGGCAGAGCUCGGCCGCCUUCCCUUCACCUCCACGGUGCAGGACUACGCCGACUGUUUUCAGGCCCUGGCAUGCCAUGCGUCGGGUGUGA